GCAGAGUACCAAAUUGGAAGAAGGGAGCUGCCCAGAGAAACCUCUCAUUUUCCUCGCCGAUCGCCCGCGCGCCGCAAAAUCCACCGGCCUUCUUCUUGCCGGCGCCGCCGUCAAUCAGGCGAGCAGCCGAGCCUCCUCCCUCGCAUCGCCGGGCAGACUUGUACAUAUCUCGUAACUAUUGCUGCAUUUGGCCAUGGGAAGUGAGAGCAAUCUCAAGACCUGGGUCUCGGACAAGUUGAUGUCGCUAUUGGGGUAUUCCCAAUCCACCAUUGUCCAGUAUUUUAUUGAACUAGCUAAGCAGUCGUCUUCGCCCACUCAAGUGGUGGACAAGCUGGUGGAGUUUGGUCUAUCGUCAUCGAGUGAAACCCGUGCUUUUGCAGAAGAGGUUUUUGCCAGAGUACCCCAUAAAACAGCUGGUUUGAGUCUUUAUCAAAAGCAAGAAAGGGAAGCUGCUUUGUUGGCAAGGAAACAGAAGACUUAUGCAAUGCUGGAUGCUGAUGACGAUGAUGACGACGGCGAUAGCAAACCUAAUGUCAGUCAAGGAGGCAUUGACAAUGGGUCUUCUAGCAUCACAAUUUCAGAGACUGGCAAAGGAGCUUCUCAUAAGAAACGGUUUAGGAAAAAGAGUGGAAGUCAUGAAGAUGAGGAUGAGGAGUCCAUUGCUCAUGUUGAUGAAGAAAGAAUGGUCAAAAGACGGGCUUCUUACGACGAAGAUGGUGGCUCUGAGUCGGAGGAAGAAAGAUCACGCGAUCAAAAAGAAAGGGAAGAACUGGAACGACAUUUGAAAGCACGAGAUGCAGCGGGAACUCGGAAGCUAACAGAGCCAAAAUUGACACAAAGGGAAGAAGAGGAGGCACGUCGAAGAUCAGAUGCUCAAGAGCAUGAUGAUUUGGAAGCUUUAAGAAAAGUUUCAAGACAAGAAUAUUUAAAAAAGAGAGAGCAGAAGAAGUUGGAAGAAAUCAGGGACGACAUAGAGGAUGAGCAAUACUUAUUUCAGGGUGUAAAACUUACAGAAGCAGAAGAACGCAACUUCAGAUACAAGAAGAAAAUCUAUGAGUUAGCAAAAAAGUAUCAAGAAGGUGAUGAUAAUACAGAUGAAUACAGGAUGCCAGAUGCUUAUGAUCAGGAUGGGGUUGUAAAUCAGGAAAAGAGAUUUGCUGUGGCUUUGGAGCGCUACAGAGACCCUGGUGCUGCUGAAAAAAUGAACCCAUUUGCUGAGCAAGAGGCUUGGGAGGACUACCAGAUUGGAAAAGCAACUCUCAAAUUUGGUUCCAAGAAUAAAAAGCAAACCUCUAAUGACUAUGAGUAUGUUUUUGAGGACCAGAUAGAGUUUAUAAAGUCAAAUGUGAUGACUGGGGAGAAUUUUGAUGAACCAAAUGCCGAGUCAAUCGAGGAGUCCAAGGCACAGACUGCAUUGGAGAAGCUCAAGGAGGAGAGAAAGACUCUGCCUAUAUAUCCAUACAGAGAGCAGUUACUUGAAGCUAUUCGUGAUCAUCAGGUUCUUGUAAUUGUUGGAGAAACUGGUUCUGGGAAGACAACCCAGAUACCUCAAUAUCUGCAUGAAGCUGGGUAUACUAAGCAUGGAAUGAUUGCAUGUACCCAGCCACGUCGAGUUGCUGCAAUGAGUGUCGCUGCUCGUGUUUCUCAGGAAAUGGGUGUAAAGCUUGGUCACGAGGUUGGCUAUUCUAUUCGUUUUGAAGACUGCACCUCGGAGAAGACACUAUUGAAGUACAUGACGGAUGGAAUGUUGUUGCGAGAGUUCUUGGGUGAGCCGGAUCUUGCUAGCUAUAGUGUGGUGAUGGUUGAUGAAGCCCAUGAAAGAACGCUUUCCACAGAUAUUCUUUUCGGAUUAGUAAAGGAUAUUGCUCGCUUUAGGCCUGAUAUCAAGUUGCUUAUUUCAAGUGCCACACUAGAUGCGGAGAAGUUCAGUGAUUUUUUUGACUCCGCCCCGAUAUUUAGAUUUCCAGGAAGGCGGUAUCCGGUCGAAAUUCUUCACACCAGUGCACCUGAAGCAGAUUACUUGGAUGCAGCUAUUGUUACUGCUCUUCAAAUACAUGUACAGCAACCACGUGGCGAUAUUUUGAUUUUUCUUACUGGUCAAGAGGAAAUUGAAGCAGCGGAAGAGCUUUUGAAGCAUAGGAUAAGGGGUUUUGGCUCCAAAAUUGGUGAACUCAUUAUAUGCCCGAUAUAUGCUAAUUUGCCUACAGAUCUUCAGGCAAAAAUAUUUGAACCCACACCAGAAGGUGCUCGUAAGGUGGUCCUUGCAACAAAUAUUGCUGAGACAUCAUUAACAAUUGACGGAAUAAGCUAUGUGAUUGAUCCGGGUUUUUGCAAGAUGAAAUCGUACAACCCAAGGACGGGAAUGGAAUCGCUGCUAGUAACUCCAAUCUCCAAAGCUUCAGCAAUGCAGAGAGCUGGCCGCGCCGGAAGAACUGGUCCAGGAAUGUGUUUCCGGUUGUACACGUUACACAAUUAUCAAACUGAUCUAGAAGAUAACACUGUACCAGAGAUUCAACGUACCAACCUUGCUAAUGUUGUCUUGACACUAAAAAGCCUUGGCAUUAGUGAUUUACUAAAUUUUGAUUUCAUGGAUAGACCGCCGGCUGAAUCAUUACUCAAAGCCUUAGAAGUUCUUUUUGCACUUGGUGCAUUGAAUAAGCUUGGUGAGAUGACAAAGGCAGGUAGACAAAUGGCUGAGUUUCCACUUGACCCCAUGCAAUCUAAAAUGAUAGUUGCAUCAGAUAAGUACAAGUGCUCAGACGAGAUAAUCUCCAUUGGUGCUAUGCUUUCUGUUGGAAAUUCAAUAUUUUAUCGUCCGAAAGACAAACAAGUUCAUGCUGAUAAUGCACGGAUGAACUUCCACACUGGAAAUGUGGGAGACCACAUAGCUCUGCUUAAGGUAUACAAUUCUUGGAAAGAGACUAAUUACUCCACGCAAUGGUGCUAUGAGAAUUACAUACAGGUCAGGAGUAUGAAGCGUGCUAGAGAUGUCAGAGACCAGUUGGAGGGGCUCUUAGAGAGGGUUGAAAUUGAACUUACUUCUAAUAUGAACGAUUUAGAGGCAAUUAAAAAGGCUAUAACGUCAGGGUUUUUCCCCCACUCGGCUAGACUACAGAAAAAUGGAUCUUAUAAGACAGUGAAACAUCCGCAGACAGUUCAUAUACAUCCAAGUUCAGGGUUGGCACAGGCACUUCCGAGAUGGGUGGUGUAUUAUGAAUUAGUUCUAACAACCAAAGAAUACAUGAGACAAGUCACUGAAUUGAAGCCAGAGUGGUUGGUGGAAAUAGCUCCCCACUAUUACCAGCUCAAAGAUGUUGAUGACUCUGGAUCAAAGAAAAUGCCUCGUGGAACGGGACGAGCAUGAUUGGAUUAUCAGCUGGUCACCAAGGGUCAGGGAAACUCUGAAGAUGUUUCCGAAGAUGAUGAGUGGAUGAUAAAGCAGCCAUGCGAAGAGUACUUCCGUAAAACCCAAACAUCUCUGUAUGAAGAUCACUGGGUUAUUCAAUGCUUACAAACAAUGCUGACCGCCUUAGGCAUACAAAGAGAAGUUCAUGUAGUGUUUGACUGACAAUUACAGUUGUACAGAUCCCUGUUUGGGGUUAGAUUAGGCUAGUGCAAUUUUGUAAACUGUAAAUUUUCUGAGAGUUUGGUGUAGCAUAGCAAUGGCAUUGCUGGGAAUUGAUUCAAGCAAAAAUUUCUUAGUAAGACAUCUGCUGACGAAUAGCUCAAAUUCUUUUCAUAUGAUAUCACAACUUCAUGUCC